AUGGCGUCGUCAGCUCUUACCGGCCCCUGUGUGGCCCUCGUCCUUCUCUGUUUCGGUUUGUCAUCUUGCAACCCCUCCGGCCCCGCCUCGGCCACCUGCGCCACCCUGGAGCAGAGUCGCUUCUUCGGCGUGUUCUCCUCGACGACCACCUUGCCCUCCACGCCGUGCUCCUGGACCCUGCAGAACCCCGACCCUCGCCGCUACACCGUCUACAUGAAAAUCACAAAGCCCACCGACUCCUGCGUGCCCCGCCAGAUCAGAACCUUCCAGUUCGACUCCUUCAUCGAGACCUCCCGCACCUACCUGGGCAUGGAGAGCUUCGACGAGGUCGUUCGGCUGUGUGACGCUUCGACCACUGUCACCUACCUGGAGUCCAGCAAGCAGUUUCUGCAGAUCCGCAAAGUGGCGCCAAGGAACGGGCUGGAGAUCGUGGACGAGGAGAGCGACGGCAGCAACUUCAAGGCUGAAUUUCUGGUCGUGGGGAAGAGGAACCCAAGUAUGCCUGCCUGCCAGAUGCUGUGCCAGUGGCUGGAGAAGUGUCUGUCCAGCAGCACCCAUGAUUAUCCCUGUGGCAUCAUGAACACCCCCUGCCAGUGCUGGGAGGCCCCAAAGAGGAAACCAGGAGGCUGUUACAGGGGCGGAGUCUACGUGGAGAACUGUGUGGCUGUUCCCAAAGACAACAGACGCGAUGCCGAGAUUAUCAAAGGCUGGGCUGGAUGGGGUCGCUGGUCCGAGUGCAGCCAGGAGUGUGGCGGCGGAGUCCAGGUGCGCAGCCGGACCUGCCAGCCCGAGGACAGCGUGUGCAACGGGACUGUUGAGGAAGGACGCGCCUGCAACCCUCAGGCCUGCAUUGGCAAAGAGCGAUCCAGGAGCCAGGGGCUGCGGGCCAUCGUCGGUCUGAAGAGGGACAGCGCUGCUGAAUCCAGCCAGGGAGUUGUUGCACCCCAAACAGUGGAAAUUAAGACUGAUGAGUGGUCCUCCUGGAGCGCAUGCUCCAUCACCUGUGGGGAGGGCUGGCAGGGUCGCACCCGCGUCUGUGCUACUUCCUCCUUCACCACCCAGUGCACCGGGCCCCUGCGGGAGAACCGCCUCUGCAACAACACCGUGGUCUGCCCUGUGAAUGGUGCUUGGGACGAGUGGACCCCCUGGAGCCUGUGCUCAUCCACCUGCGGCCGUGGGUACCGUGACCGCACCCGCACAUGCAAGCUGCCCCAGAACGGAGGAGAGCCCUGCCGCGGCCCCACAAGACAAACCAAGUUCUGCAACAUCGCCGUCUGCCCAGUUGCCAGUCUGAACAGCGCCGCCCAUCUUUUUGUUAUAGGCCCCCCACCUCCCGAGACAAUCAUGGACAAGUCACUGCUCCCGUCCGUGACUCUCAUCGUUGGCUGUGGGGUCUCCUCUCUCACCCUGCUGCUGCUCAUCAUCAUCUAUGUCUCCGUGUGGAAGUACAUCCGCUCCGAGCGCUCCGUCAUCCUCAUCAACUUCUGCCUCUCCAUCAUCUGCUCCAACGCCCUGAUUCUCAUCGGACAAACUCAGGCUCGCAACAAGGUGGUGUGCACUCUCGUAGCUGCUCUGCUGCACUUCUUUUUCCUCUCCUCUUUCUGCUGGGUGCUGACAGAAGCGUGGCAGUCCUACAUGGCCGUCACCGGUCGUCUGCGCAACCGCAUUAUCCGCAAGCGCUUCUUGUGCUUAGGCUGGGGCCUUCCCGCGCUGGUGGUGGCUGUGUCAGUGGGUUUCACCAAAGCUAAGGGAUACGGCACCGUCAACUACUGCUGGCUCUCCCUCGAGGGCGGACUCCUCUACUCCUUUGUCGGCCCGGCUGCAGCUGUUGUUCUGGUGAAUAUGGUCAUUGGUAUCCUGGUCUUCAACAAGCUGGUGUCCAAGGACGGCAUCACCGACGUGAAGCUGAAGGAGAGAGCUGGAGCGUCACUGUGGAGCUCCUGCGUGGUUCUGCCUCUCCUCGCCCUCACCUGGAUGUCCGCCGUCCUCGCCAUCACCGACCGCCGCUCGGCCCUCUUCCAGAUCCUCUUCGCCGUGUUCGACUCGCUGGAGGGUUUCAUCAUUGUCAUGGUUCACUGCAUCCUGCGCAGAGAGGUUCAAGAAGCUGUAAAGUGCAGAGUAGUUGACCGCAAGGACGAUGGCAAUGGAGACUCUGGCAGUUCCCUUCACAAUGGCCACUCCCAGCAUAUGCAGUCCGAUAGCGAAAAGGAUGGAGAUUCGAGCAGACAAGGAAUGAAGAGCUCCUCUGAAGAGAAGAUGGCCCCUCCUCAGAUGCCUCUUCCCAUGGGCUCCAACUUCCACACCCUGCCCUCCAACCCCAGCAAGGGCCACAUGCAUGCGCUCCCUGAAUACUCCAGCCACACCCUUACCCUGAAGAGAGAGAAGACCCGGCUGGUCGGUGGAGUCGACCCCUGCGGAAAACCGGUGUACGUCUGCGAGGGGGAGAUCUUCCAGCAGCUGGACGCGGAUCUCGCCCGGGCUCAGGCGGAGGGAAGCGGCUCCGACGGCAGCAGCUACGUCCUCAUGCCCAACACCACCUCCACGCUCAGGUCCAAGCCCAAAGACGACCAUUCGAAAUACAACAUCAGCGUGGAGCAGAUGCCGCAGGCCAGGCUGAUGCACCUCGGCGGGCCCUUUGCCGAGCCGCAGGCCGCUUUCGGGAUGAAGUCGAUCCCCUCUGACCAGGUCAGCGUGUCGUACUCGGAGAGAGACUCGCCCAUCCAGAACAUCCACAACAUGUCCAGCGAGUCUCACAUCACCCACAGCAGCCUGGAGAACACCUUCGAGUCCAUGAACUCCAUGAUGUCCAAGAGCGAAACCAUCUCCACGCUCUCCAUGAGCUCCUUGGAGCGACAGAAAUCCCGAUAUGCUGAGCUGGACUUUGAGAAAAUAAUGCACACGAAGAAACGCCACCAGAACAUGUUCCAGGACCUGAACAGGAAGCUCCAUCACGCUGAGAAAGACCGAGAGUCGCCUGCUUCUGACAGCAAGUCUGUGAGAUGGAGUGUGUCCUCAGGAGGAAGUGACAAAACGAACCACAGCGACAAACAGCAGGCUCCUCUGGAGAGGCCGUGGGAGGGAGUCCGGGGAAUACCACAGUCGCCCCCUGCUUGGGUGCGCAAAGACCUGGAGCCCCUCGCCGCCUCGCCCCUGGAACUGCACUCUGUGGAUUGGGAGAAAACCAGCACCAGCAUCCCCCUAGUCGGGCAGGACAUCAUCGACCUGCAGACAGAGGUCUGAGGGGGAGGAGGGGGGCGAGCGAAGCCACCUGAUUUCACCUUAGUCACCUUUUUGGUUUGGGAACGCGAUCCUGCAAGGAUAGAGUAGAGGAAACCAUGAGAGGGAGGAAAAGUGAGGAAGUAGGCCCCAGAAUCAAUGUCUUCAAACCGUCAGCCAGAGCAGAGAGGGACGGAAGAGUGGAGUUGGUGAUGAUGGCUCGUUUAUGUAGCUUCUCCGUGUGGACUUAAAGUAUCUCGUGUCAGAGUGCUCUGGUGGGCGCGGGGUUAGUGGAGUGUCCAGUGAUUUCCAUGGACCAGGACUGGCUGUGGUUCCACUGGGAGUUUUUCCUGAACCCCUCCAGCCUGGGCUCAGAAGAUGUGGUCGACAUGUCUGUGCUUCUUUUUUCCUUCAACCUCGACUUUGGAGAGAAAUGUUAUGACAUUAAAAAACAAACGGCGCGUCCUCCCUGCUUCUCGGGAGGAGCGGCCGGAACUCUUGGCUUCUUCUCGAGCCGCCGGGUUCCCCGUCCAAAACGAGGCGUGAGAGCAGAAGGGACCAGUUUCAUGUUGGACCUCCAACACUCAUUUUGUGUUUUUGGCAGUUUUUGUGUUUAUUUGUUCUGCUUCGUACCUUGAACUGCUACAACAGAUCUGAAUAUGAGACUCUGAACUGAGACAACUUAAAUGAAGCAGACAAUAUUUUUCUCCGCUUUUACCACCCUGGUUAUUAUUAUUAUUAUUAUUCCAAUGAUUAUCAUUGUUAUUGUCAUUAUUGAGUUAAUAGCCUCCAUUUAGAUUUCCCAUUCCCCACAUGACUGUCAGGCACAAGUUUUAUUGUUAUUUAACAGUCACAUACAACAUUUGGCUCAAAAGAUCAGUAGAAUGUUCUGAGCCCACGUGGACUGCAUCGGGACAACGAGUGGUGGUGAUGGAGGUGGCGUUUAAGUUACCCAACACGUCCUGGUUUCUCCAGCAUUCCUCUUCUCUACCAAAACACCAGCACCGGGAUGAACACAGACUCUCACACAGGAAGAGCAGUGCACUCUUGGGAAAAUGCUGGUGGAAAAUAAGAGGAGGCGUUGCAGUAGGGGGGGGGGGGGGAUGGGGGUAGCAAACCUCC